AUGAUAUUAAUCACAACUUUAAUAACUUUAAUAUAUGCAGCCUAUGAUGGAACUGAUUAUUUGAAAGGCGAAGGGAAUUUUGGAGUUGAAUAAAAUUGGAUCAUGAAUUAGACUGAAGAAUAUAUGGAAACCGAAUUUGUUACUGAGGGGGAUGGAAAAUUCUUGAAAUUAAAGAAAAAGGAAGAAUCGGAACUAAGUUUCAAGGAUGGAUUCUAUCAUCUGUUUGAAGAAUCACAACCUUAGCAUAUUCGAUUUUGGUUUGCGUCAGGAAAUAAGGAGAUUGAGGACACGAACUUGAGAUUGAAGGAUACUGCGACUGAUAAAACUGCCAUUUCAUUUAGAUGUGGAUAUGCUGGGUUCGUCAGAGUGAAUGACAAUUAAAUGAUCACAUUUUAUAAUAGUUCAGUUUCAAGUGAUGCUAAAAUCAUUUGGACAUAAGCAGAUAUCUUAUUGAAUUGGGAUACACAAGAGGUGUUGGUGUUUAUGAAUGAAUCGUAUAUGGGCUCUACCAUUUUUUACCAUUCAGAAGUGACCAAAGUGAAUGAAGUGAUGCUCUAUAAUUUAAAGCCAAACACUACAAGUUGGUGGAAGAAUAUUAAAAUAUGCAAAGAGAGAUGUGAUAAUUUCGAAUUUACUCAAAUAGUUGUGAUUUGCUUUGCAUUAUUCAUAUUAUUAUUGUGA